GGGCAAGCUGGGAGGAAGGCGGUGCAUUAUCUGAAAUCUUCGAAGAACCAUAACGUGCAUACUGGCACACAAGGAGCGGCCAUGGCCCAACGAACCACCGAGAUCAACCACUAUCUUUCCCUCAUCAUCUCCAUCGCCUUCUCCAUCGGCUUCCUAUCAACAAGAUGGCUCGGGGUCUGGGAUGCGGAGUUCUACGUCUACAUCUACAUCAUUGCACUGUUUUCAUCGAGUAUAAUCGCGAUGGCGUUUUGCUGGCGGAAGAACAGUGACUCGGAGUCUCUGACGAUUCGGGGGCGAGAUACUGUAAACGAGCGACAUCGGUCUGUUUCUGUCAUUGCUACGGGUGGAUUGGUUGUUUUCUUCGUCGGGUCUGCUGUCAAUGACAUUUACGGCGUGGUAGCCCUUUCAGCGUGUAUGGACACCUACAUCCAUUUCGGCUGCGGAACUCGGGAGAGAUUGGGAGACGCCAUUGGAAUGACGAUCGGUGUUCUCUACCUUGCAACCCAAGUAAUGUUUCUGAUUUGGGCGGGAUAUCGACAAUUCGAACGCGGGAUGAAAUUCCGUCUGCCGUUUUUGUUGAACACUAUUUCAAACGUAACUAUUAUCUUUUACAUAAUGUUAGAUGAAGCGGAGGGCGUAAAACCAAGCCGAAUAUGGCAUUGUCGAAUAUGGCCGCCACUGAACACGACCGACAUGCAUUGCGUCAACAAAACCACAUCGUUUUUCGAAACGGUGGAAGCAGUUGGAGGCUAUCUGACUGGCUUUCAUUCUGAGUUCGCCGUUUUGGCCACUUCUCUCAACCUUGCGCUCUUCAAUGCAGCGAGUCAUGUGACUGGUUCGGGUAUUUCCGUGACAUUGCGCGGGAAAUUACCGAGUGCUCUUGACGCCGACGCGAGCUGGGAACACGAUCGAGCAGACGACGAUGGCGCAGAGUUAUCUACUGAGGAGGAUAUAUCAAGUCGUAGAUAUGGGACAUAUAUUUUACAAGACUCACAGACACUCUCCAUACAGCAAUCAGCCUAUGGGGCUCUGGAAGGUUCUGCCGGGCAAUCAGGACAAAAUCAAGUGAAGACAUCUUACGGAAGUAUCUGGACAAAGGUUACCCGUUUAUGUUGUGUACAGUGCGGGAACUUGGAAUCGGACUCUCCAGACAUCAGCCCGCUGCUUCCUUGGGAAGUCCGUUCAAGUAACUUCCAAAAUCGAUGCAAGAUUCUAGCGUUCUUAAGCAUGGGACUUGUCCUCGUCUACACAGUAUUCAUGCUGCUGCUGACAACAGACUACGGUCAGAAGAAAAUAUUCGCCCCGAUCAGCUUCCUCGCGAAUGCUCUGUAUCUUGUAAUGCUUGUCUUUACGGUGUCGUUGAGAAACCAGGCCGGGAAGGCCUUGCAGAAUGGCCCUGUUUCAGAUCGUCACAUCGGAGUGGAAGGAGGAGUCCUAUUCUUCUCCCAUUUCUGUUUGAUCCUGUUUAUUUUCAUGACUUCCAUUCCGUCUGUUUACUAUCUAUUCGCUCAGAAAGAAACCAGGACUGAUGCGUCACUUCCGGAAACAGUUCUCCAACUUUCGAACAUUACAAGCAUCGUAUUGUUGAUACUACAAGUCACCAUACAAACGAAAGCCAUUUUCUACCUCAACUGGAUUCGAAAGCGUAACAGGGUAGAUGGCAGCACCUUCGAUUCAGCAUGGCCGAUCAUCUGUUUUCUAAUGGUUGCGAAUUUCGGACAGUGGUUUUGCGAAACAAUGGUAGAGAUACGUACCCCAGAGUACAGGCCUACUGCUGUAAGAUACUACGGCAAGGUGACAUGGGCCACCAUCAUACGGGUUCUCUUCCCCUUCAUCAUCUACUACCGGUAUCACUCGACCACCCUGUUUGCAGAGUUCUUGCUCUGGGGCAGAUCGGCGCGGCAACAUCCACAGGCAUGGUGAAAAUACAGCGCGUGCCAUUGACACACACGCUGAAUGCAUUCUGCCAACACUGAUCUGACGGGCGACUCGCACACAGUUUUCUGGGUUGAGGCAGUCUCCCAAUGAGAGGACUCCGCUCCAUUUGCCUCGGCCUAACCGGAAGAUGCCAAAUGUACGCUAGUACACGGUACAGGUCACACUUGGCAAUCGUUACCAAACGCGAGGCUAGGAGAUUGGGGUGGAGGAUUCAACAAUCCUUCCGCCCUGCGCCGUGAGCUACUCCGCAUCCCCUUGGGCGAGAUACCCUGGCAACGAUCUUAGGAACUACCUGUGGUUUGUGGUUUUCUAAAUGGGUCGUUCAAGUUACAACAUGUAUUUGUAUUUGUGCUAAUGAUGAGCCAAGUUAUUGGCAUUUAGUUCAGCUUUGAGUGCCAUAGUUUUUAUAGCGUAUUCCGACGGGGAACUAAAAAUAUACAUGUACAUCACUUUUAAGCUGCAUCUUAAUUAAUAGUAAUGAGUACAUAUACUAGGUGACACAAAAAAGACUUCCUACUUUUGGUUUGGAAUAAUACCAACCAUAUAAAUUUACCAUAUUCCGGCCGCAUGUAGCUGAUCUUUUCG